AUGUUGAAAUGGGGAAAGCUGAAACUGAUAUUAUAGUUUUGUUAUUAAAAGCAAUUGUGUUUAUGAUUGUAUUUGACAGUUUAUUUUUGACACGAAAAGCGCUUGUAAGAAGCCAUAUUAUAUAAUUAUUAAUGAACUUAAUGAUGGUAAUCUGAAUGAAUGGCAACCGUAAAUAGAGGCGAUGAGAUGGCAACACUCGACACAUCCCGGACCCUCACUCGCACAGUCAGCGUCUCGCAAGACGUUGGGUAACAGGGUAUGGACACGCUUCUUCGGCGGUGGCGGCAAUUACGCUGAGGUGGCGCUCUGGUUUUGAGAAUGAAGCCAUCUGACAUUUGCACUCUGCUGCACGUGAAUCUUUGGUGGGCGCUCGCAGUUUGUAUUUCGUUUUCACGCGGGGAAGACGCCGCCGCGAAUCCACUGCUGCGUUCCUUGGAAUGCAGUCAGGAGGAAACGCAUUCGUGCAGGCAAGGAAAUGUUACCUCGACGUCUUGGUUUGGAAGAGGAUGCUUCUGCGACGACCUCUGUGGCGAGUAUGGAGACUGCUGCUACGACGCGGAAAAGGACGUUGAUCUCGGACCUGCAUCUGAGGCUGGGAGGCACCGCUGUGUCUCCCUUGUGAGGGACAAGGGCCGGUACAUGCGAGCGUCCUGUCCCUCUGGCUGGGUGGACGAGGAGGUCGCGGCGCUGUGUCGGGCAGCUUCACCGGAACAAAUGUCGUUCCGAGAAGACCCGCUGCUUCACGUGCCGGUCACCAGUAGAACGAGUAACGUGACGUACGCGAACUACCAGUGCGCAGUAUGCCAUAGCGAUACGCAUGACGUGGUCUUUUGGAACGUCGACUUGAAGUGCCCCUCACUUAUAGGCCCUAGCGAGGUUGAGGUGAAUGCGUCGCCAGGUGACCUAGUGUUUCGAGAGGGCCAGUGGGGAGUGGUCGUAAAUGGCAGUGAGCAAGUGCACAUAUGUUACCUGGAACUAUCCCUCGGAAACAUUUGGAAAUUCCCCGGGAGAUCGUGCAGACUUGUUGUGGACAAGUGCAUGGAAAAUUGGGACGAUGAACGAGAAAAACUUUGUCAUUCAUACACAUCUCACGUAUACAUAAAUGGGGAAGUUUACAAGAAUAGUUUUUGUGCUACUUGCAACAAUGCGUCCAGUACCAAUGGAGUUUGUGAGCCCUGGAAUUACUCUUAUCCUGUAUUCAGGUCCAGCUUCCCUAAGCCUUUUACAAUACUGAUAGAUUUCACGUGCAGAAACGGUAAUAACAAUGUUGGAGAAAGAUGUGUAUUUGAUCCAUUCUCCAAGAAGUACAGGAAUCUAGGUGAAAUUGACGUCAAAGAGGACCUGAUUCACCCAGACACACCAGGCAAUGCCACUGCCCCUCUUCUUAGUGACGGAACCUGUAGAAACGAGACGAUUCUUAAGGACGACUAUAUUAUGGUCAACGACACUGUGGUUAUAAAAGUGUCUAAUCGCACUUACUAUUCUGGAGAGUACGAGGUUGUGGAAGAAGGAGUUUUGGUGUGCUCCUUCGCGUCCGACAAAUACUCGGACGCCAUGGGGUGGGUGACGCUGGCUGGUCUGAGCGCGUCCUCCCUGUGCCUCGUGCUGCACUUGGUGGCCUUCGCCCUCGUGCCUCACCUCAGGAACCUUCACGGCAGGAACGUGGCAUCUCUUUCUGCGUCGCUCCUCGGGGCCUACGUCUCGUACAUCCUCAGCGUUUUCGCCGAGACAUCGACGACGGAAUGCUACGUGUUCGCGGUUCUCAUCUACUACUUGUUUCUCACGUCGUUCUCGUGGAUGAACGUCUUGGGCUUCGAUGUGUUUUACACGUUCAGGCGAAGCAGAGUGAGGUCCGGAGAACAGUGGAAGAGGUUCUUAGUGUAUUCUGCGUACGGGUGGGUGCUUCCCGCGUGCGCCGUCGCUGCGGUGGUAGCGGUGGACCAGACGAGGCCCCCCGGGUUCCCCCCGGAAUUCCUUCCGAGUCUUGGGCAGCACCUGUGCUGGUUCGGGCGACGCAAGGCCUUGCUGGCGUUCUUCGGCGCCCCCCUGAUCGCCAGCAUCAUCAUGAACGUGGCUUUGUUCGUCGCCACGACAGUCAGCAUCGCCAAGACGAUGCAGUCGGAGGUGCGGAAGACGUCCCCGAGUGAGCCGAAGAAGGAGUUCCUCCUGUACCUCCGGCUGGCCGUCCUGAUGGGGAUCACGUGGAUCACUUCGGUGGUGGCCUCGUACCUGGAGCUGGAAGUGCUGUGGUACGUGUUCAUCCUGUUGAACACUCUGCAGGGCGUGUUCAUCUUCCUGGCCUUACCUGCAGGACCAAGGUGUGGGAGGCCAUCGCGCAGCCUUGCCAAGCGCCGUCCUCCGUCAGCUGCUGCAGAAGGCAAGAGUCAGAACCUCCGGCGAGUGAUCAGAGCGGAAUGUUCUCCAGCUCUACCUCGACGAACAUGA